AACGGGUCUGGAGUUAAGACUACGUUAUGUACCCUUGCUUUAUAACGGAUUCUUAGUUUUGGGUCUUAAUUCUGAAGGUUUUUUUUUAAUCAACGGUCUGGAGAAAAGACUACACUCUAUAUCCAUUCUUUUUUCACAGGAAUGAGACUGUGGGGUCUUGAAAGUUUGUUUAAAUGAAUGGGUCUGGAGAAUUGAGAAUACGCUAUAUAAACGUUCUUUAUAACAGAGUCUUAGUAGUGUAAGAUGGCGGGGCUUUAAUAGUUUUGAAUUUGUUUAAUCACCCGGUCUGGAGUAAAGACUACACUUUAAACCCAUCUCAUUCCACAGGUGGGGUUUUUUUAGAUUAUUGAUAUAACAGGGUCUGGGCUAAAGACUACAUUCUAUAUUCAUUUCUACAGGGUCUUAAUUUGGUAGACGGUGAGAUGUUGCAGUUUUUAAUUAUUUUUGAAAGGCUACCGGUAUGCUCUUUACGUACAUCCGUGUAGUACAGAUCUUAGUUUAGAAGGAUCUUCAAAUUAUUAAAUGACUGGGUCUGGAGGAUUAAAAGACUACACUCUACAUCCAUGUUAUUCCGAACGAUAGUGGGUCUUAAAUUUUAGGCUGGUGCCCCCCCCCCCCCACUGCCUCUCUGGAAAGCAUUUCAUUGCCGAUGGUACUGUAGCUUCUCCCUUAUGCAGUAAUGUUAUGAAACAUUUCAUGAGAAAAAGCCUUAAUGUGGAUAAAAGCAGUGAUUUGCACAUAUCCCGUGAAAAUUGUUCAUUUGCACAUAUCCCGUCAUCACGUUUGCACAGAUGCCGUUGAUAAAUUUGACAGAUUUGCACAUUUCCCGGCGUGGCGUUUGCACAAAUUCCGUUGUUUGCACAAAUCCCGGCGAAAUUUUGCACAUAUACCGUUGUUUGCAUAUAUCCUGGCGUUUGCACAUAACCCGGCUCCACAGACCUUCAUGAAGUUAGUUGUCUCUGUUUUCCAUUUUAUACAAGUUAUAAUGCUUUCAAAUGAUACUUGACAUGGGCAAAAUGUGAAAUGCAGUGACAUUGCAGAAACAAUGACGUACAUGUAAAAAAGAUUAAUCAGUUUAUGAAAUUUGUCCCAUUAAUAUCAUAUUUUUAUUGGGAUAUAAAACUUUACCCCAUUUAUUUUUUUCAAGCAAGAAAAAAUGCGAUCCAUGUAACCAAGUACUUAGUGUGUAUGGUACAUCCAUUGGUGCCCAACUAAUUCUGCUUCACACUGUUAAACUUUUGUAGGAAAUUAGAUAGAUUUCAACAAUGGCAGUGUCAUUGGAAUUGAAAUUCAAUUGGUUUGAUUUUUUGUGUCUAUAACUUCUAUGCAAUAUUUGGUUUAAAACUUUAAAUCAGUGUGAUGGAAUUAAUCAAGUGUGCUGGAUUUCUCUCAUGUCAUGAAUCCUGUUGUUUAACACAUAUAGAUGUGUUUUCUGUACAUCUAAAUGUAAUUAGAUUACUUCAUACACCAACUGUGCUUAUUCUUACGUUUCUCUCUCUCUCUCUCUGUUUGAUUUGACAAUCAUCUUCUCCUCAGGAACACCCUAAGCUGUUACUACCAUGUUAUGUUGAAGGAGUUAGUUUCAUGCGUCCAGCGGUUGCAGCCUUCUAUGAGGACAUCACCUGAUGUCCAGGGUGAGACCUUUGACCGUUGGAGAUCAUCGGUCAAGGUCUUCUCUGCUCUGGUCAAUGUCAUCAAGGUGUUUGAUCUUAGGAACAAUAUCAAGACACUGCUUAAGUAUGGUAGAAUGUUCCUUGAUAUCUUCCUACGUCAUGCAAUGCCUCUCCUUGAUAAGCUGUUUAGGAUUGAGAAAGAUGAUGUACAAGCUCUUCUAAAGAUGCUGCAACAAUGCACUAGAUAUCUACAACACAUCUGUAGCCAUUCAAAGGUUGCAAAGGAUAUUGCAUUGACUAGUCAUGUACCUCAGAUGAAACGUCUCCUUGAGCAAUUUGUUUACAGAGUCAAGGUUAUGUUGACCUUACAUAACUGUCAUGAAGCAUUCUGGGUAGGAAACCUCAAGAAUAGAGAUCUCAAGGGAGAAGAGAUUCCAUCUCAGAUAACAAGAGAAGAUGAUAGCGAGGAGGAGGAAGAAGAAGCAGCAAGUAGAUUAGAAUCAUCUGAUAGUGAUGGAGAAAAGGAGGAGAGUGGUGAAGCUAAAGGUAAUGAAUCAGAUAGUGAUGGCUCCUGCAGUGAAAGCUUCUGAGUUGAUCCAUCAACUCCUUCAACUAUCUCAUGAAGCUUGUCAAGUUAUCAUUCUCUAACAGGUACCAUAGCAACAGCCAGAGACCAGUGCAUUUCAGCCUAUCAAAAGCUGACAACUAAGUGAGGUCAUUCAUGAAACUACCCCAGGUUAAACUGACUUCUGAAAAAUCAGAGAGUUCAUGUUCCAUGAAGCUUGCUAUACAAUUUUUAUUAUAAGAUACAUCAAAUCUUGUCUGUAGUGACUACACAAGAUAAAUGCAAAGUGUGGUCUUUAAAGACAAAGUAGACAUGUCCUUCAACCAUCUUAUGAAGCUUGUCUGCAUGGACAAGAUAUCUUUCUGUGACAGUUACCAUAGUAACAGUCAGAGACCAGUGUUUGUCAGCCAAUCAAACUGAUAAUUUCACUGAAGCUGACAAUUUAGUCAGCACUGUCAAUGUUCAUGACCCCCCCCCCCUCCUGAUAAAAUUGAAUUCUGAAGAACCAGACAGUAAAUCUACAAGAGAUCCUCUUUUUGACCAUCUUCCAACAAGAUUGCUGUACAAGAUAACAACUUUUAUUAUAAGAUAUAUAGAUUUUUGUCUGUAGUGACUACACAAGGCAAACACAAAAUGUGGCCUUUAUUAUAGACAGGUUCUUUUUUAUACAAUCUUACUCAGUAGAAAUCAGUUUUAGUUGUCACUAUUGGCUUGGUGGCUGCCAUAAAGAAAAGGAUGUAUUGGCGUAGGAGUGUAGAAAUUAAUUAGAUAUGUUGAGAACAUGAAUUUUUGUUACCACACUGGUUUAGGAUACAUAAACUAUUUUAUAAACCUUUCAGCUUUUAACAAACUUAUUAUGCAUAUUGCACAUUGAAAGAGAAGAUUUAUCUGGGAAUAUCUAGUAAUUUGUAGGAUUUUUCUGUAGAACAUCAUGGAAGGUGAGUAAUUCAUGAUGUUUUUUAUGAGUAGCAAAUUGAUGCCUAGGGGAGUCCUGCUUGACUGUCUGAUCAGUACCUUCUGAUUGUGUGAGCUUACAUUGAGACACUGCAUGAAACUCUUUUUCAACUCUAAUUUAUUUCAUAAUUUUUCUGCAAAUCUAAACUGCUCAAGCCAGGAUAAUUUAAGAGCAUGAAAACUUUUUUAUAUUAAAUGAGAAAACUGUGAAAUCAUGUCAAGAAGGCUGAGAUAAUCAGGUGGACAUUCAUACUUUACAGAUUGCCCAUAUAUAUAUGAAUGUGUGCACAUGAGCAUUCACAUAUGCCUGUUCUGGGAAAUCAAAGAUUUUUUUGAAGUUUUUACAUGUAAAAAUGAAACCAUAUUGCAGUAAUACUUUACUAUAGUAUUGUACUGUAAAAGUGUACCACUAUUUUGUUUUGAAUACCUGGCAAGCUAGAUACAAUUCUCUUCCAUUUAACUCAUUGUUUCUUAUUGAAGGAUUACAGGUUUAGUGUCAAAUCAUAAAUAAAAAUAUAAAUUGUAGGCUUAUGUGAAUAAAAAAAUUCAUUCAAUUCACUCAGAUUGGUGUAAUGUAAUAACUUCAAUUUGCAAUCAAAAUAUAUGACCUUUGCGUUCAUUUCUCUCCCUUUUAUCUCAUUUAGGUUAGCAUUUGUCUCAAUUUCAUGCUUUUAACAUUUUUACACCAUUUGUGUCUCUAAUCAUCUCAUCACUCUAUUAAAGAGAAAUGCCAGUAGUUGCAGUAAACACUGAUUUCAUGAAAAAGUCUGUAAAACCAGGCUUAAUUGUCAGUAUAUCAUCGAGGAUCUAGAUCUGGUACAGUUACAUAAACUGAACUUUGUGAAAUCUUGAAAUCUACGCUGAAAAAUGUUCACACUGAAGAUCACCAACACAGAUAGGCACACGUGGGACAGUGUAUUAUUAUUGCUGAAAUAAAGACCCGACGGAAGUGACCGAAUCCGCGCUUAUUUUGCUUAUUUCUCAGCAAUUACACAAUUUCUUCCAGAAUCCUUUGGCACAUAUUUUUUAUUCAUACAAACAGACACUUGGGUGGUCAUUAUAUUAGAUUCUGUAAAAAGUCAUUUUGAGAUCGUUACCAGAACUGGAAUUUAUCUUUAAGAGUUAAGUUUUAUUACUGUUAAUAUUUAGUUUAUUCUAAACUGACUCAACUUUCUAUGCAGUAAAUCUUAUCAUCCUUGAUUUUGCAUCUUAUUAUUUGCUAUGAUUGUAUCGUCUCUUCAUAUACACCAACACUACUAUAUCAAUUUCCAGAGUCACCAUUUAGAUACACCACCUCAUAAUACUACAAUGUUGCUGUAAUACUACUUUAUUUUUGAGGCAUUGAUGAGCGGUAAGCCUUAACUCUGUAGUCUAUGCAGCCUAUGUGCUUUAUCUACCAAAUGCAGAGCAUCAUUACUCUAUGUGACAUAAAAAAACAGAUUGAGUGAAAAUGAAAUUAUUGCACAUGUAGAGUAAGGACAAUUAACACAUUUUCAGAAAACUAGAUCAUUUGCAGCUUUUUUAGAUCUGCUUUAGGAGUUCUGCUUAUCAGAAUAUAUAUAUGUAAUAAUGUGGUAUUUUUCAUGGGGUUCUGUCUGCAAAAAAGGAGAAAAAAAAGAAGCUUUAACUGGAUAGAAGUGUAUAACAUUACAUUUAUUGACCCCCCCCCCCCCAUUUAUAAACAAAAGAAUUCAGCCACAAAUAUAGCCUUUUCAUCUUCAUUUGUAAGAUAUGUGGGGUGUAUGGAUAGGGGAUUAGAUGGAAUGAAUGGAAAAGACAAGAUUUACUACAAACAAUCUUAUUUGAUCCAUAGGCACUCUUUACUAGUCACUGUUGUACAUAAAAUGUAGAUUUCUUACAUAGUAUCAUUAAUGAAUAGAAAAGAUAAUAUUUACUACAAACGUUAUUUGAUCAGUAGGCACUCUUUACUAGUCACUAUUCUACAUAAAAUGUAGAUUUCUUACUUAGUGUUAUUAUAAUCUUUAUCAUCAUCAAAACUUUCAGCUCAAUUUGUGAUAUAGAUAACCAUUGAAAUUAAUAACAUAAUGGUAAUAUGAUAUCCAACCUAUUACAAAUUCUUUUACUUUGCUUUAUGUUCAAUAUUAGAUAUACAUGUACAUGUAUUAGAUGUUUUGUACGAAUGAGAUUUUUAUCUUGUUGGUUUUUAUCAACCAAAGAGUCAAAUGUUUUUAUAUUACUGAAUAAAUGUUACUUAUUAUAAUAUUCCUAUUGUAUCAUGUUUGGAUACAAUGAGCCUCAUUAAUGUUCAUAGGUUCAACUACAUCAUCAGAAAUAAUGUAAUGGAAAAGAACUUCAAUUCAAUUUUCUAUUUCAAUAUAUAGCAAUGAAUGUUAUAUGUUAAGAUGCCUUUUGAAUAAAGUUGAAUUAGUUCUUCCGGUCAUCAAUUCUACUCAAAAAGGGUAAUUUGUUAGGAGGAAAUGUGAUAUUCUCAAAUCUUAAAAAAAAAUGAAAAGAUGGAAAUAAGUAAAUACUUUGUAUCUUGCAUUCAUGCCACAACAGUUAAUUUCACAUCAUAUUGUACUUUGCAUUAUACUUUUUUCAUCAUAUUUGUCAUUUAUCAUCAUACCUUAAUUCAAAGAGGUCUAGAAAUGAAGAAUAUUUUGAAACCAAUGAGAUGAUGUCUUAUAAACCAUCAUCCUUGGUAGAUCAAGUUGUGAAUUUGAUUUUUUUUUCAUUCUCAUGCUUUGGGAGAUUUUUGUUUUACUUGGAAUCAAAUUGUUAUCUUUGAGGUUGCAUCAAGUUUUAUGAAUGUCACAGAGAUUCUCUGCAUUUCCAUGGCAAAAUAUGAGUCUCUGCUCAUCCAGAUCUGGACAUACAAUUGAGGCCAGAAGUUUACAUACACCCAGGAAAUUCAAAGAAAAGUUGACACUUGCUAAACAUAAAAUUUACUGUAUCUUAUAGAAUAUUUGUGCUGAUCAUGACGAAUUUGAUAUCAAACAAAUGAGUAUGUCAUGCUCCUUCAUCACAUUGCUUUGUCAUCAGGAGCUCAAAAAUAUUUAGCUGUCAUUUUUUACCAAAAAAUCUUCAUAUUUUAGACAAAUUAAAAAUAAAAACUUGACAAAAAGUUAUUUGUGCUAGUUACUUUUCAACACAAACAUUUCAGAUUACCUUUUUUUGUGACAUAUUAUGAUAGAAAAUCAUAAAUCAUAGAUUUGACAUUUAUGCAUUUCUAUGAAACGAUGUUUGAAAAUAUAACAAACAUAACAACAUUUUUGAAAAUAUAACAACAUUUGGCACAAAUAUUACUUUUUUACUUCAAAGAAAAUUCCACCUGAAAUAUACUUUAAUACCAAGAGCAUCUCAGUCAUGUGAAAAAGCUUAAUAUGCUCUUUCAUUUGACACCCAAUUCGUCAUGGUAGUUAUAUUUUGGAAGAUAGAGUAAAUUUUACGAUGUUUGGCAAAGAACAAAUUUCACUGAAUUCCAUGGGUCUAUGUAAACUUUUGGCCUCAACUGUAUAUGAUUGUUUUUAUGGUACCUUUGUGUUUGUAUGCCCAAUAAAGAUCAUUGCAAAGUUUAUUUACUGACUUCUUCAACCAAAUCCACUGGAAAAGAUUGGAGGUAAGUUUAAAAGAAUAAAUCAAUGGACUUCAGACCGAUCUACAUUGAGUAUUCAAACAGGUGCAAAGGAAAUCGAUGCCAGUACGUCCAGAUCUAGACUAGGUCUAUACAUAGAUGAACAUUGCCUAACAUCAUAAAUGUUUUUUAUUUAAGAAUCAAGCUGAUUGAAAUCGAGUUUGUUCGAUACAGGCUUUCUGAAAAGACAGAUUUUUUUUAGAAUGAUUUAGUUGUGAAAGACUUAUCAAAAGAGGUAUAGUGAAAGACAUUGGAAUAUGGAAGUCUACUAUGGUUUAUAAACAACUUUUAAAAUCUGAUUUAAUCACCAUACUCUUUGUUAUGUUUUGUUCAUUUAAGUUUUUUUUAUAUUAUAGCCUAACCAUGUUAUGUUUGCUUCUAGUCUCAUCAAAGUGUAUAUACAAGAAUAUAUAAAGUACUUUAUUUGCCUAGCAGUAGCACUGUUAUGAAUAAAACAUGCCAAAUUGUUAUUAAA